AUGGGCGCGUUGCUGCUCCUGCGAGGCGCGUACCUGGGCGCGGCGAUAGUGGUCCUGCUAGUCGCUGCCAUUCCCGCUCUGCGCACCCGCUUCCUCUCCUACGGCGCCCGCUCCGACGACACGGACGCCACGAGGAGAACGACCUCGACGGCCCAGAAUGCAAGCAGUCCGUCUGCCACGAGACUGGUCACGACGCUGCUGGACGUGCUCGCCAGCAUACGCGUGCCGCACGGCUGGUUUGCCUCAUUUUAUGCCCUGUCUGUGGCCGCUUCGCUCUACUGGGCCGUCGAGCUCAUAUCCAAGGGGCCUGCUUUUACCGCCAUUGCUCGUUCUCAACUACCACUACAACGACAUUCAUCGGCUUCGGCUUCGAUGACUGUAGGUCAGGUCCAAGUGGCCUGGCUCAUGAUGUUCUUGCAGGGGACGAGGAGAUUAUAUGAGUGUCUGUGUUGGUCCAAGCCCUCGGCCGCGAGCAUGUGGAUAGGCCACUGGGCGUUGGGCAUGUUGUUCUAUCUGUGUACGAGUGUCUCUAUCUGGAUCGAGGGCACUGCUGCGUUACACAAUCAUGUUUUCGCCAUGCAAGACUUUACCCUCAGGGCACCAAGCCUUCGCAUCUUUCUUGGUGUCCUGGCUUAUAUUCUGGCCGCCGGACUGCAACACGAUUGUCACGCCUACCUCGCUUCGCUGAAAGCCUCACGAAAUCGCCGGGACGGGUCUGCCCCCUCAACAGACUACUCCCUACCUGAACAUCCAGCUUGGAACUUGUCACUCUCGCCGCACUACUUUGCAGAAUGCUUGAUUUAUCUUGCCAUAGCAAUAGUGGCCGCACCGGCUCAUUCCGUUUGCAAUGGGACACUUCUCUGUGCCUUGGCGUUUGUUGCUAUUAACCUAGGCGUUACUGCUGAUGGCACGAAAAAGUGGUACGCACGAAAAUUCGGAGAGGAGCACACGCGGAGCAGAUCGAGAAUGAUUCCCUUCAUUUUCUAA